AUGUUUGAUCCAAAACAAGUACAGGAGUUUAAAGAAGCAUUUGGUUUAAUGGAUCAAGAUCGAGAUGGAUCAAUAUCUUUAGAUGAUCUUAAAGAUGUUUAUUCAUCAUUGGGUAAAACACCGAAAGAUACCGAACUUAAACAAAUGCUUGAAGAAACAGGUGGACCAGUUAAUUUUACGAAAUUAUUACAAUUAUUUGGUGAUCGACUAAAUGGUACAGAUGCAGAAGAUAUUUUAAUGAAUGCUUUUAAAACAUUCGAUGAAAAUGCAAAAGGUUUUCUUGAUCGUGACAAUCUUCGAGAAUUAUUAACUACCAUGGGAAAACCUGAUGAAAGACUAUCCGAUAUAGAGUUCAAUCAAAUGCUUGAAGGUGCACCAGUCAAUGACAAAGGUUUACUCGAUUAUGCUGCAUUUACAAAACAAAUCAAACGUGGCAAAGAAGAUGAAUAA